AUGGAACAUGAGAAGGAGAUAAAAGAAGGACAAGUAAAUGUUGAACCAAGAACGGAUGCCAUGACCUUAGUUUUUGGCAAGGAAAAGGGAAGAUUUUUAAAAGGUGUCGGCAUGGGAGUCACUUACAACAAAUAUUUCAAUGUUCCUCGCAGCAAAGGAUCAUCUAAGGAAGAAAUUAAAGAUCUUAAAGUUGCACUGCAUAAUGGAAAACUUGAGCUUGAGAAAAAAGAUGCUGAACUCAAGGCUUUGUCUACAAAGGUUAAUGAACAAGAUCAAACACUAAAGCUAGUUUUGGCUCAUCUUAAUGCAAAAAGAGUUGACUUUCCAAAUCUGUCUCAUACAAUUAGUAUUUCAAGUGAGAAGAUUAUACAAAGUAAUGAAACGUCUCCUGUUAGUCUCAAAACCAAUGAACCUUCAGAACAUGUAACAAUACCAAUCAAGUGUAGUCUAUCAUAUUCGUAUAAAAGGAACAUCGUUGCCCGCAGUACCAUUCACUUAUCAUCAGAAAGACAAUUCAUUCAUGGAGUUCCUCUACAAGAUGAUUGCUAUAAAGUUUCCAUUGAUGAAGUGGUUGUAAAAAAUGCAUUUCUACCCCAUCAAACUGGAGAAUACAAAUUAGUUGAGGAUGUAUAUAAAAGUUUUGUUCCAUGGCCAAAAUACCUUGUGCAAACUGAGUAA